AUGCUGAGGUCAUGUCUCAGGACUGGGGGCGUCGGGGAAUCGGCCUCAUACCAGCCUGGAGACUCCAUCAGGUACCGGUCCCGCUGGCUCCAAGAGGUAGACCAGGACCAGCACCAGGAUGAGAACCAGGACCAGGACCCGCACCAAGUGGUUCUGAUUGGGGACCACGACGUCGGAAAGACCAGUCUGGCCUCAGUGUUUGCCGGGACCACAGACCAAGACCAGAGUCCAGAGGCGAGGGUUGAGAGGACGCUGACCGUGGAUGGAGAGGACACCACUCUGACCGUGAUGGACAUGUGGGACCCCUUCAACGCGGAGGCCUGUCUAAGUACCGGGACUGUGUUUGUCGUGGUUUACUCUGUCACUGAUCGCCGUAGUUUCGAGGCAGCAGCGGAGCUCAGGAUCACUGUGCGGAGAGCGAGACAGAGCGAGCGAGUCCCGGUCAUCCUGGUGGGGAACAAGAGCGACCUCGUGAGGGCGAGAGAGGUCACUACACACGAGGGCCGGGCCUGUGCUGUGGUCUUCGAUUGUAAGUUCCUGGAGACAUCAGCAUCUCUUCACCACAACGUCCUGGAGCUGUUCGAGGGUGUAGUCCGGCAGAUCCGGCUUCACCGUGGCAACGAUGCUAACCUGCUAACACUAAUGCCACGUUAUGCUAACCGCCGCAAAGAGAGCCUAACCAAGAAGGCACGGAGACUUCUGGACCGAGUCAUGUCCCGGAACCAGACCAGGGAACGAUCCAAGUCUUGCCAUGACCUUGCUGUGUUGUGA